GGCCGGCGAGGCCCGCGCCGGGGGCGGACGCAGGGAGCGGGGCCGGCAGCUGCCCGGGGCUCGCACGCCGCGGCUGGCGCUGCCGAUGGGGGAAUGCGGGGUUCCCACCCAGGUCCAGCUGUUUCUCCGCGCCUGCGACCAGGGGGACUACGAGAGCGCCCGGCGCCUGCUGGGGCUGCCCGGGGGCGGCGCGGAGGCGGCGGGCGGCUCCGCUUGCGGGGCGGAGGAGGCGGCGGAGUCCGGGGCAGGGGAGGCGGCAGCGCCUCCCCCCUCGGUGCCAGUGGACUGCACGGACGAGGCCGGCAACACGGGGCUGCAGUUCGCCGCGGCCGGGGGCCACGAGCAGCUGGUGCGGUUCCUGCUGCGCAAAGGGGCCUCGGUGCAGAGCCGGAACCACUACGGCUGGAGCCCGCUCAUGCAGGCGGCCAGGUUUGGACAUCUAACUGUGGCUCACAUCUUGUUGGAGAAUGGUGCUGAUCUCAAUGCACAGAAUAAGCUGGGAGCCAGUGUACUUACAAUGGCUUCUAGAGGUGGCCACGUCAGUGUCGUGAAAUUGUUGCUGGAAUCUGGAGCUUUUGUUGAUAAUUAUGACCAUUUUAAUACCAGUUUGGUUGACAACAGCAAAGAGGAACUUCCCGAUAUAACACCAUUAAUAGCAGCUGCACAGCAUGGAUAUGAGGCAGUGGUGCACUUGCUACUGGACUGGGGAGCUGAUUGUAAUUACACUGUGAAGACUGUGGGCUGGAGUCCUCUAAUGCUGGCAGCUGUUAGUGGAAAGGUGAGCUUGGCACAACAACUCAUGGACAAGGGAGCCAAUCCUAACCACCUCAAUGUGCUGCAUAAAACACCUUUUGAAAUCUCCAGUGGCUUCAAAGAUAAAGACAUGAAAGAUUAUUUGGAAUCACUAACAACAAUCAGACGCCUGACAGAUAAUGACAAGAGGCAGCCUGAUGUCUUUCAUGCUUUGAAAAUGGGAAAUUUCCAGCUGGUUAAAGAGAUUGCAGAUGAAGACCCAAAUCAGGUUAAUAUUAUUAAUGGUGAUGGUGCUUCUCCAUUGAUGAUUGCAGCUGUAACUGGACAGUUGGCUCUUGUACAGCUGCUUGUUGAGAGAAAUGCUGACAUUGACAAACAAGAUAAUGUUCAUGGCUGGACAGCCCUAAUGCAGGCCACAUACCAUGGAAAUAAAGAUGUUGUUAAGUAUUUGUUGAAUCGAGGAGCUGAUGUCAAUCUACGUGCAAAAAAUGGAUACACAGCCUUUGAUCUGAUAAUGCUACUGAACGAUCCAGACACAGAACUUGUACGUCAACUAGCAUCAGCCUGCAUGCAAGUAGACAAAGACAAGGGUAAGCAGAACAACAAAUCAUCUUUGCCCUGUUCUAGAAGUAGGCAAUCUUUAAAUACCCCGAUGUUGCCAGAUGACAAGGGAGGAUUAAAGUCAUGGUGGAACAGAAUGUCCAAUAGAUUCCGCAAGCUGAAGUUGACCCAAACAUUGCGUCAUGGAUUUUCCACCAGUCAGUCUGUGCCUUUUACUGAUGAGCCCGAGUCAUCUCUGAAUUCCACAAUAAAAGCCACUUCACAGCCAGAUGUGAACAACUCUGGAAACUGUGAUGCUGCAACAGCUUGGACCACAAAUGUCAAAGCUAGCGGUGUGUGCACAAGAGCAGGAAAGGAUGAUGAAUUAUUGACAACCAUGUUAAGAAGUGGUGCUCCAUUUACUAGGCUACCUAGUGAUAAACUGAAAGCAGUUAUUCCUCCUUUCUUACCUCCUUCAAGUUUUGAGCUGUGGAAUUCUGACCGAACACGAAUGAACAAAGAUGGCAAGACUGAACAGAUGAGGACUGCCUUGCCACAGCGUGGGAUCAAACAUGAUUUUAACAGCAGUGCAAACUCUGACAUAACAUCUGUUACCAAAGGAACUAGACCCGUCAAAUUGCCAGCCUUUGCAAGAAGACCUGCUUCUCCCUCAAAUUCAAGCAACUUCAACCACUCGCCACACUCUUCUGGUGGAUCCAACAACAUUGCUGGAAUUAACAGACAUGGUGGAGAACUCCAUAAUAGAUCAGGUGGCAGUGCAGAUAGUGUUUUGUCUCAAAUUGCAGCUCAAAGGAAAAAAGCAGCAGGCUUACCUGAACAGAAACCCAGCCAGCAAUAUAGCUCAAUCCACACAGCUGCUUCAUCCACUCUUCCUGAACUGCAGCAGUGCACUCAGAUAGCUGGCAAUGGACGUAUUGCAAAGCAGAAACUGGAGAUGAACAAAAGACCUCCAUCUGGGACCUCAUCUACAUCUAAAAGCACAUCACCAACUCUCACACCAUCCCCAUCUCCAUCCCCAUCCCCUAAGGUUCACAAUGCGGAGUCCUCUCUCUCUUCCUUUCACAGACAAGCCAAGAGCAAUGGUGGCUCCAGCAGUGGAACUAUUACUGAUGAAGGCAACCAGUUGGUGGACCAUCAAAAACCUGUCCACAGUUUGAGAACCUCUGACAUAGAGAAUCAUGAAAGAAGAAACCAUGUGAGAGUAAAAGGAGUUUGUGAAAACUUGGAGAAAGAUGAGCUGACUAGUAUCCUUAAAAAAUUGUCACUUGAGAAAUAUCAGCCUAUUUUUGAAGAACAGGAGGUGGAUAUGGAAGCCUUCCUCACACUUACUGAUGGUGAUUUGAAAGAGCUGGGUAUUAAAACUGAUGGAUCAAGGCAGCAAAUUCUAGCAGCUAUUUCUGAACUGAAUGCAGGAAAGGGACGAGAGAGGCAGAUUUUACAAGAAACUAUACACAAUUUCCACUCUUCCUUUGAGAGUAGUGUUAGUAAUACCAGACCUCCUGGCAAUUCUCAGUGCAUGAAGAGCAGCAUCGUGCUGGCAUUUCAAACAGCAACACCCGAGCAAUUGCAAGACAGAUAAUUUUAGACAAUUGUAAACACAAUUUUGGAAAUCUAUUGAGGUGCAACAACCACAAGCGGCCUAGCAUAACAUUCUGUUUAUUUUCCCCUAGACUGCAGCACAGUCUUAAACGGCAAUAUCAGAUAAAUGCCUAUACACCAGUCUUUCUCGACGAUUCCGUUUUAUUCAGAUUCUUAGACUACUCCUAUCAACAGGGAGUCUGAGCGCCUUCCAGAAGUGCAGUUAGCAUCAUGAAUAGCAUCUGUCACAUGUGGUGCUCUCCUUAUUCUGUAAAUGGGGAAAAACUGUAGAAAAACUUUCUAUUAAAUUAUAUGGCAAUGAGCUUGUCCCUCGGGACCCUACAGUGGCUAAUAAAGUCCCUCCAAUCCAUGAGCAGCUGUGGGGUAACCAUAUGGAAAAUAAUGCUGUAGCAUUUGUGUGAGGAUUAUCACUAACUCUUUGGAAUAAUUCCUUUUUUCCUCUGGAGCAAGGUAAUAUUUCCUGGAGAAAUGGCUGCCUGUAACAAUUCAACUGCCUACAAUUUAAAUAAUUACUAAAUUUGCUCUGAUCAUAGCAUGCCCCCAAACCUCUUCUUGCCACAUUAGUAGCUUCCCCUAUCACUCCUUGAUCUUGCUAGGGACAAGUCCUGAGCAUGAGCCCAUAAGAAGGGGGCUGACCUUACCAUUGCACUCUAGGGACCAGACUAUGCUUACACUAAAGCUUGGUAUUCAAAAAUAUAUUGGCAUUGUUAUCUUUCUCAAAACAGUUUGCAUUCCCAGCUUGUGUGAUGGAGUGCUAUAACUACCAACUUCAUUAUUUUCAAUUCAGUCACUGGAGUGGAUGAUCCAGCUCUUGAGGGAAGGUGUGCAGACUGCCCGACCAGGUUCACAUUCCCAGAAUAAUCAACAGUAAGCACAAAAGCAAGGAGGAUCUGUGUGUGGAAUUAGAGAGAAUAUACAGAUUUAAGGAGAUGUUGUACAAGGAAAACAAAGACAGGCAGAAAAAGUAUUAAUAGGUGACAAAUUCAGUUGGGACAAAGACCGAGUAGACGUCUUAAAAGACAAACUCGGCCAACCUAAAAUACAUAAAAUGAGCCGUUGUUCCUUUAGGGAACUGUCCCGACUUAGAUGUCUGGUUACCCAUACAGGAGGACU